AUGAAAACCCAAGAUGACAAGAAUGACACAGAGGAAACUAGAAAAGAUGGCAGUGAAAUGGAAAUGGAUGAGUCUGGAGAUGAGGAAAGUUGGAAAGAUGAGGACGUGGGUGCAGAGGAAGAUGAAGCUGAGGACGUGUCUGACCAAGAUAGUCCAAUUCACAGUGCUAGAUUAGGCAAUGACAACAGCCAGCCUAUGGUGGAGAAGGAUGAUAAGGUUAAUGAGGAAAAAGAAAUGGAUUCUGAGAGGGAAAAGAAUAAGGAACCUGAGAAGGAAAUGACUAAGGAUAAUCUGAGUAAGGAUAAGGAGUGUGCUACAGAAGGUUCUCCCAAACUGGUGGUGGACCUCAACAUUGAUGAAGACACGAUCGAGACUGGGAGUGGGGAAGCUACGCCUAGUGGAGUAGCAAAGAGAACUAGGGCAAGUGUGAAGAAAGUUGUUGUGGCGUUUGCUAAGGAUAUCCCUAAUCUUAGGGAUAAUAUCAAAGAUUUGUAUGGGAUUAGUAGUAACUUGGCUAAUGCCCUGAAAAACAUAAAUUAG